AACAAGGAGGAAUGAAAUUCGCCUCAGCAUUCAAGUUGCUGGCCUGAUGGUGGCAUUUUUAUUAUUCUUCAUAUAUAACGAUGAUUUAUACGAGAAAUGGAAAUUUUUAUAUCCUUUUGCAAACGCAUUUCUCUGCUGUGUUCAGCCAUGGACAUGUACAAUUUUCAACAAAGAUGUUCAGAACAGAUUAAGACGAGCAGUAGGAUGUGACCCUAAUGAUAUGAACAGCAGCACUAUCUUUGUUUCUUCUGCAUCCGUUAUGAUCAAUGCGAAGUAACGAUUACAGCACGGAGAUAUGAUUUUGCUGAAUUGCUAUUAUGUUUCAUGCACUCUUUGCAUUUCUCCUAUUUAUUCUUUUUGUU